AUGGAUGAUAUAGGUGUAUCUUUACAGAAGUUGGGAGUUCGAAAAUAUGAAAAUGGACAACAAACUUGGAUGAUUUUAAAUGGGCCAGAAGAACCAGAAAAUAAAAAAGCUAAACAUUCGUUGUCAAAAAAAAAAAAAUCAUCUGGUCAAUUAAAAGUAGAAAUUCGGUGGGAACGUAAAGAACUUAUAGAUGCAGUGAAUCAUAUUUUGG